UGGGGAAAAAGCGAUCUGUGAGGGAUAGGUUAGGAAGUAAUGUGUCUGAUUCUGAUUUUUAUGAAAGCCAGCAGAGAAACAAACGGUCGGACGAUCAGCUGGUCGGUCCAGGGAACCGACCAGGUGACUAAUCGUGAUUAGGUUGGCCCGGGUCGCCCUGUAUAUUUCAGGAGCUAUAUAUAACAACAACAACAACCUAAUAAUAUAUAAUUAUAUAGGUACUACACUGCUAUGAAGGCAAAUGGGUAGUAAUACUGUAAUAGGCAAAUCUGAAACUUAAUAUUGAUGCAAAGUUCAUACUAAAACUGAAAGUAGAUAAAUUUCUUAUGACCUAUUGACCUCAUCUAAAGUUCUAAACAUUCAAACAAGCAAACUCACAGUUAUUAGAGUGUAGAGACCUAGAGCAGAAGAUCAUUGUCCAACUGAAAGGCAUCAGCAGCAGCUCCCCCUCCAACUGAUUCAGAUUCAUCCUGGUCCACAUUUGUUGCUGUUUCUGUUGGUGGUUGCUGUUCAGCUGGUUCUGGAUCAUCUUCAUGCUGAUCAUUGUCAUCUUCUUCACCAAGAUCUUGAGCUGCUGCAUUUCUGGAACGUUUCCUUGUCCUAACUUAUGUUCUUUGAGGUUGAAAAGAUGAACCAGCACUGACAGCGUCAGCCCUAGGAAAAUUUCUGCCCCAGAGUCCCUGACUUGCACCUAAUGCACCAUCCACAGCACCCCAUAGGCUGUUAUCACCAUCAGCUUCAUCAGUCUAUUGUACCCAUUCAUAGUGCCACCAAACCUACCGGCAAGGUGCUGUUUAAAUCUUUUAAUUCCAGAAGGAAGAAUCUUCAAACAGAAAAUACACUGAACAAAGUCCUUUGCAGUGUGACAGUGUCUGGCCACCUCCCAAACUUCCAUCCAGGGUCCUGUGACCUUGCCUGCUCUUCGGAUCAGUUGCUUGUGCACGAAGCUCAGGAGACAGCGCUGCAAUGGCCUUCUCAGCAAGUGCCGAAGAAUCUGCAGCGGCCAACGAUGUCGACGCAGGCUCGGUGCUGUCAGCAACAGAGGAUGCAGGGGCUCCACCAACCACAUGAGACUCAGGAAAGAUCACCUCAACGUUAUCAGCACCACGGCGGCUACCAUGGAUCUCUGUACAGAUCAAAGGAAGGGCAAAACAACCACUUUUUGGCACCACUUAACUCAUACAGAGUUACAGACCAUCGGCAGUCGGCACUCAGCACCACUUAACUCAUUCAGAUGAAGAGCAGACCAGAAAACAGGAGAGAAAAGAGGGAAACUUGGGGCGGGGGACCUUCACUUGAGGAGCUCAUGUUGUGGUUGCCUUGCCGGAGAACAGGAGCCAUCAUCGGUCAACUGGAAUAGGAUCAGCUGUCGACUCUGGAGCAGGAGAGGAGAGGAGAGGUGGAGAGGAGAUCAAGAGCCGCAGCCACCGGUCUUGGAACAGGGGCAUCGGUUUGUAUCCAGUGUAACAGGGGCGUCGGCAUAGUGUGCCUUUUCGGCUACUGUAGCUGGGCCAAAAAUAGAGGCCCAUAAAAAAAUCUGGCUGGUCGAAUUGCUCCUUAAUUGGACGAUUUAAUUGAUCAAGUCAACGACUAGUCGGACGACCAAAGGAUCUGAUCAAGGCGUCCUCCUAGUCGAGGACUUGCUGGCGACCAGGCUGACUAAUCGCGAUUAACCAGACGAUUUCAAAACAAUGACCACUCUGCCAUGCAGCCAAUGUAUUUGGGUUACUGCUAUGACGUUGUUACUAACAAUAACAAUUUUGCAAUUAAUUUCGGAUACACAUAUUUGUGAUAAUCAUAAGCAGAUGUGUAUUAAUUUAUGGUCUCAUCUUUACUUCUCUUGUUCAUAAUUUAGCAAAUUAGCUUAUCUAUAUAUAUGGACUUGCACACCAAUGUUGUUCUUCUAUUCAAUUGUGCACUGCACUGCAUGCUCCUCCUUUGCAUAUUACAUUCUUUUGUUCAUUGUUUUUAGUUUAUCUUAUAUAUUUGUGAAGCACUAAUAGCAUGUGUGUUUCCAUUUAUUGUGUUCAUUUUGUUACAUUCUGUCACUGCAAACAGGUCACUACUUUUCCUUUUUCUUCUGUAAAAUGUAACUGGUUGCUUAUCCCUGUGGUUCCACUCUCACUUUGCAGGCGACAAUUAGAAAGUAAUAGCUCACAUGGAGAUGAUGGUUCAGACCGCCUGGUUGGGAAGGGUGAUCUGAGACUGAAACUCAUGAGGAAAGGCUUGUUGCCGAGGAGCAAUGGUAGUGCAGAACAGAAUGACAUAGAUCUCCGUGAAAAGCUUUCUCGAAACCAUAAGUUACCAAAUUAUGAUUCUAGAGGUCAUGCUGCAGAAUCAAGGGCUAGUUAUGAUAUGAGAGAUGAGCCUCCAGAGUUAAGUUCCAGAUAUUCUUCGAGGGAGGAUGUCCUAGGGUCGAGGCACUCUUCUGUUGUAAGUCGAGUUCCUUAUGCAAGAAGUGUGGAUGAUUUGUUAAAGUUGGAUUAUUCAAGAAAAUCCUACCCGUCAUGGACAGAUGAUGGUUUGAGGCACAGAUCACCUGAAAGGAUGUUAAAAGUUCGGAGCGAUAUGUAUCCACGGAUAGCUUAUGAUCAGAUUAGGCCCAUGCCACCCCUUAGGUCUGCUGGUUCCUCGAGACCUCAAAGUUUUAUUACAAGAGAUGCUCCUGACACGUCAAGGAGCCAACCAUAUGCUGGCAAAUCCACCAUUUCUAUUGAUACAGUACAGAGGACUAAUGGAAUCACUCCAUCUACUGCAGCUCUGCCUAAGGCCCCUGUUAUGGAUGAAGCCCCGCUUACAGUUACUGGAUUGCUGAACUCGUUGGGUCUUGAGAAGUAUGUUGUUCUCUUUCAGGCUGAGGAGGUGGAUUUGUCUGCAUUGAGGCAAAUGGGAGAGAGCGACCUCAAAGACAUGGGGGUACCAAUGGGCCCGAGGAAGAAGAUUCUCCUUGCAGUUGGCCCUCAGUCCAAAUAACGCCAAAGAUGAGCAAACAGGGUGUGGGUCUAAGAACAUUUGUUGGCAACCGAAAAUAUUGGUGUAAGAACUCCAGAUAUAAGAUAUUGUAUACCCAAUUAUCCAUAGUGGCGGUCUUAAUCCACCCUUUUGUUGCCGAUGACGUUUCGUGCCGUAGUUGACAUGUAAGUCUGUUCGGUCAGCUGUUAAUCCAGGUUCUAUCGUUCUCGGUCUGUCCGGUGCCUGCCUUACUGUUUUUUUCUUUUUCUUUUUUUAAACAGCCUGCCUUACUGUUAUUAUUGCUUCGAAAUGGGACGAUACGCCAUAUGCUUGGUGUACCCAUUGAUAGUUGGCUUGGGAAUUGAUGAUCCAUUCA